CUCACUCACCGUCGACAUGAUGAAGAUGAAGAGUCUGGUGGCCAUCGCUGUGUUUCUGGAGACGGUCUCUGCGAUCUCUCUCGGGGUGGUGAAAACAGAGGAAGGUUUGGUUCGGGGAGAGAACAUCCCUCUGGCAUCCGGCCGCCACAUGGAUGUCUUCAGGGGGAUUCCCUUUGCUGAUGUCCCUGAAACUUUCAUGAAACCAAAACCUCACCCAGGCUGGGGUGAUGUUCUGGAUGCCACUGCGUUUAAGGACAUUUGCCUCCAGGUGAGCGUCGCCUUUAACACGACCACAGGUAGCACGGACUGUCUGUACCUCAACAUCUGGGUUCCUCACAACGGCUCAG